GGGGCCGGGAGUUAUCCAGCGGGAGCGGCGGCGGCGGAGCUCGCUGGGCCCGGCUCGGAGGUGGCGGCGAGUGCGCGCUCGCUGCGGAGAUGGCCAACAUCGCGGUGCAGAGGAUCAAGCGGGAGUUCAAGGAGGUGCUGAAGAGCGAGGAGGUCAGAGCCGCUCCCGCCGCGCUCCGCCGCCACCCUCCCCGGCUGCGCGGUGGGAGUGCGGGAGCGGGGGAAGGAGCGGGCGCCCGCCGGCCCGCGGGGGGCCUCGCUGCCCCUCGGCCCCACCUCCCCGCGCGGCGGGUGGGAUGGUCCCGCGGCCUCGGGGAGGGGAACGGCGAUUCCCGAGGAGAAGGGACCCACCGGGAAGGGGGGAGAGGGGGCGGCGGAGACCUUCCCCAGCGGGAGCCGGGGGGAGCGGGGCCGGCCCGCCGCAGGCCGGGUGGAAAGCCCCCGUUGCGGGCCGGGCGGUGCGGGGCGGCGCGCUGCCAGCCGGGCGGGUGGGGCCUCCCCCGGCCUCCUGCCCCGCCGCCCGCCCCUCGCGUCCCGCCGACCGCGCAGCCGUCGCCCGCCGGGCCGGGCUCAUGCGGGCCGGGCGUGAUGGAGGGGGCCGGGGGCCCCGCCGCCUCCAGCAUCGCCUUCGGCUCGCCCCUCUGCUGCACAAGCCCGGGUUUUUAAUAUCUUGCGUUUUUUGCAGGUAAACCUCUGUUUAUCUGGGCUGUUUCAUUGCAGGACUUCCAUUAUCCCGGUGUAGGUUCUCACCUUCAGUCGGAUGGCUUUAGAACCUCCCCCAUUACUAUCUGGUUACCCAGUCUCCUUCGUUUUCACCUGCAUCCUUCUGAAAUGAUGCGUACCUGAGGGUAUGGGCGGUCGGUAAGAACUGCCCGCUGCUCUGAGGGAGGCACUAAGGAAGUUCCGAUCUGUUCAGGGGAAUAUAUAGCAGCCUUUGCAACAUCACAUCGCUAAGGCUCUUGCUGUGCCUGUGUCUGAGUUGGUGAACGUCAGCCAAAUAGGAUUUAAUAGUUGUGUCGUCAUCGUCGUCCUACUUGGGAUGAUGUUGCAGGUUAGAUGCUUGUGAAAUAUUAAUGGGAGCGUGUAACUUCUAAAGCCGGUGUUCUAGAAAUCUGGACACGUUAGCGAGGAAAAGUUGAGAGGAUAUCUUUUAAAAUAUAUUGAUGGUUUAGGGAAAAUGUGUUUAGGGUAACAGUAGUUGAUGCACUUAAAAUGAAGUGCGCUAACAGCAUUGUUGCUGUACAGCUUGGAUGAGCCCCUUGAAGGAAUAUACAGGGGUUCUAUAACUGCCUUAGAGCCCAGGCUGAUGUAGCCAAGCUCUUGCACAGCGAUGACAGAAUUGCAUGUAAAGUGAGAAAAUUCUCAGUGUGCUUCUUUGUACCAAAGCUGCCAGGUCUAGCCCCUGUACCCCAUAUAACAGCUGAUGUUUGGAAUUGAAGUCUAAUAGCUUUGAGACAUUUUCCCUUUGCUUUAUAUAGGGGGAAAGGGGGAGGGGAAGAAAACUCCAGUUUUAGAGGGAGAUCCAUGCUGAAUAUUUUUUACUGUAAAGGUUGGAUCUGGAGAGUGCAUUUUUCUCAGUUCCUGUUUGUUUAGUCUGUGUGUUGAAGGGCUCAGCAUAGAAUGUUGUAGAUAAAUAAUACUGUGAAAUGCUCUUUAAGCUGCACAACACUCCCCACGAAGACCCUGAUCCUUACAAAUCUAAAAUUAUGAGAUCUUAAAAUUAAAAUGCGUGACUUGGAUAUUUUUCCCCUGCCAUUAGCUAGCCAUGUGCAAGUGUUAUAAUGAUAAAGUAAUUUAUGUGGAAUUGCUGUUUAAGGAUAUACUAAUUCUCCUAUCAUGAAGACAGAAUUUCAGCAUUCAUCAGAGCCUGCAAUUUAGACAACCACGGUGUAUUUUGAAUGUUUGCAUCCUCAAAGGCGAUCAGAAUGUGGUAUCAGUAGUACCACUAACGUGAAAACACAUGCAGUGAGAUGAGGAAUGGAGAAUGGAGGUAUAACUCAAUAUACAAAUCAAAGAGGAAAUAGUUGUGUUUUUUUUCCUGCAUAAUUUAUGUACUGAAAUUAGUCUUCAACCUUGUUCCUUUAAAAGAAAAAAAAAAAGCACAAAUGGUGAUGCUUAAUUUUUUUACUUAGAAGUUUAAGUCCCUCUCUGAAGGCAAAGUGACUCACAUUAUUUGCACUUUAAUUAUUCUUCAUUUGGUGCUUUGAGCUACACCUGAGCAUGGAGAUCAACCCCUGUGUCUCUGCAGCUGCAGCAGGAGUGCAGAUGCCUGGGGAGGAGUUGGGCACGCUUGGAAAGAAUACAAGAGGGGGUUUGCUCUCGUCUUCCAGUACUCAUCUUGGUACUGAAGAAGGUGGUAGAACCAGAAAUGUUUAAAAGGGAGAAGCUGGAUGGUAUUUAACUCCUUUUGCAACUGCAAGCACCACAUUUCACUUAUAAGUGUGCUUAUUCUUGCUGUAGAUAAGGUUUAAUAUUAAUAUGAGUAAAUAUACUUAGUGCUUUCUGUUUCUGUGACAUUGAAUAGUAUUUCUGGGGAGUCACUGCAACAGCUUUCAAUCUUGUCUUGCUCUCUGGCUUGCAGGUAGGAGCUGAGGGAUUUUUGAUGUGGGAGGAGGGGUUGACAAAGCAUUUUAAAAUCUUCUCACACUUCAGCAUUUUUGCCUUUUUUUUUUAAGCAUUUCUGGCUUUUUUUGUAAGGCCUUGCGCAGUAUCUUAAGGAAUGGGGUGUUGUAGAGAUCCUUGCAGCUUUGCAUCUUUUGAGUUUGUAAAUGAGGUAUGUGAGACUGACAACAAUCUCCUUGUUGAGAGUGCUCUCCAGAGUAGGAGGCUUUUUGCUGCCCUGUAGAAAACCGUUCAGGUUGGUGAUGUCCUGCACAUUCAACAAAAGAGAAGCUGCUAGUCUAGGUAAUAACUUGACUAGUGGAAUAUGUGUUAGAGGGUACUGUAUUGUGCCUGUAUUAAAACUUAAAAUAGUAAACAGUAAUUCACCCAUGCAGUGUUUCAAAUCAUAGUAUAGGCAAGGCAUCAGUUGCUCUCUUUUUUCUUCUGUCAUUUCAUUAAUUUAUCUUGUUAGUUUCAUGGGUUAGGCUAAAUUAAAUUCCAAAGUAGCAAAACAUAUUCUGAAUGAAAGUGUGAGGCUGCAGCUUGAUGGAGAAACCAACAGUUGGCUGGGGGGAGAAUAAUAGUCCGAUAUCUAUCUUUCUUUUUGAUGUCUGGGAGGAGGCUUUGGUGAAGUUAGCUGGUAUUAUUCCAGAAUAGGGUUACAGGAAUGCUAGCCAGAUUCUUACCUUCUCUGUUUGUAAGCAGCUGUCUUAUGAGUGGAAGGAUCUGGCAUUUUGCAAUGAGUGCUGAAAAGCAUUGUGUUCAUUCAUGGACUGGUGCUGACAAGUGGUUGUAGUUCAUCAGGCACUUUAACGUGUAAAUCUCUUUUCUUAAUAAAAUAUAGUAUCACAUGUUGUGCUCUAAGGAAUGAUAUUGUGUUAGCAGUGAGGGAUUCAAGGUGAAGUUGACCAUCCAGUAUCUUUAUCAUGUAGAAAUGUAAAGAGCUUUCUGGCCAUCUCCAAGUCAAGUGCUCUUAUGGAGUGAAACUGCUUCUCUGUGGCAUUGAGGGUAACACUUUGGUAAACACAGCUUCCUCCUGGCAAGAAAAGAGUUGGUGGUAUUUCUACCACAAAAUGUUCCUCUUCCAUGUAUCAAAAGGCAGAGGUUUAUCUGCGUGGAAGGUAAACACAGAUAAAGCUGCAAAUAAAUUAAACUCGAUUGUAGUUGCAGAAUAUGAGUGUCUGCAAGAGCAGAUAUGUGCAGUAACAGUUAAAAUUUGUAAUUUGACUCCCAAAUUGCUUUCAAGUGGAAACAGUAUGUUGAUGGCAAAAAUUUAGUUGCAUCAUUUCCAAGAAGGAAGUCGAUAUUUGUUCUGGAGUCUACUACAAGAUUUCUGUGUUGUGAAAGAGAAGGAGAGAAGGGAAGAGUAACAAUUGUGUGCCAUACUGUGUCCCUUCCUAGGCUGUGGUGUUUGUUUGCUUCUGGUGGUCUUGGGAUGCUUGGCAGUUUGUAAGCUGCUGAGGGCCACCUUGGUAAUUGGGAAAGCCACGAACUGAGGUUCAGAAAAACUUCAUUGCAUUUGAUUUGCUCAUACUUGAGCAGUCUUGGGUGCUAGAAACUGAAUUCACUAAAAUGGAAGCUUUUACUAGUAAUAAUUACUAAAUGGUAAUUACUAGUAAUAGUAAUUUCAGUGUCAUUAGGAGGGCCUGAUGGAUACUGUGGAUAUUUUUUAUUUCUUACCGUUUAUUAUGUAGGACCAAUGCAGAUGUAUAAAAAUGAAACAUCUAUUAUGACUCCUGAGUCAGCAACGUAAUAUUUAAACAACGCCAACUUUGUGCUCAGGCAUAUGUUUAAGUCUUGAUUCAUGAGAAUUGGCCUAUUGAGGUCAAGUGUAGGUUUAGUAAGUGUGCAGAGUGUGAGUAGAGCUAGAGUAAGCCUAGUUAAUUAAAAAAAAAGUGUAAAAAUGAGAACUUCUAUAAUGAAGUUGUAUUGGUACAGAUCUUAGGUAUGCCUCUGAGAAAACUUGCAUAUGGCCUCAGACUGGGGAGGAGGGAGGCAUCAGUGCAUCAAGUGCAGGCUGCUUUGCAGUGGGACGUGUAGAGACUGGAGAAAUUCAUGAGCUGACAGGAACCUUGUGAAGUUAACUGUUAAGUGCCAAGUCCUGAAUCUGGGAAGUAACACUGCACAUCAAUACAUAUGCUCUGGGGACUGACUGGAGACAAAGCAAGUUGGCAGAAAAAGGCAUGUGGCAAAGAAGGCCAACUGCAUACUGGGUUGUUUUUAGCAUGAAUGCAGUGAGAGGGAUGAGGAAGUGGUUCUUCGCUUUCCCCUGUGCUUGUGAGGCCGUAUCUGGAGUGCUGUGCCCUGUUUUGGGAAAUCCAUUAAUAUGUCAAAGUGAGUCCAGUAGAAUGCCAUGAAGGAGAUUAAGGGGUGGGAGUAUGUGAUGUGAGAGGAGGGCAGAAAGAUGGCCACUGAAACCCACCACAGAUACUUUACUCCAGAGGAAAAUCAUACUCAUUUCAGUAGCACGCAGGGGUAGGAUGAGAAACAAAUAAUGACUAGAACCUGAAAAAAAAAUGCCAUUACAGUUGUCUGAUUUAACUGAAAGGACAGAGACUGUGGAUUCCCUAUCCUUGGUGAUAUUCAAAAACUCAAGGAGACAAGUUCUUGAGUGGCCUACACUUUUUGGACCUGCUUUGAGCUGGAGGUGGGACUGGAUGCCCACCAAACGUUUCUUCCUGCAUCAUUUUCUCUCUUGAGUAUAAGGUUCUUUUAAAUUAGGGGUGUGGUUGGGUUGUUCUUUUUUUUUUUUGUGAAAGAAAAUGGCAGGCUAUAACUGAGGCCUUUGACAGGGUCCCCACACCACCCUUCUCUCCAAAUUGAAAGAAUAUGGAUUUGAUGGGUUGACUGUUUGAUGGAUGAGGAACUGGUUGCAAGUUUGUACCCAGGGAGUGUUGGUCAAAGGCUCAAUGUCUGGAUAAGGAUCAGUGACUAGUGGUGUCCCUCAGGGAUCAGUGCUGGGACCAGUGCUGUUUAGUAUCUUCGUCAGUGACAUCAACAGUGGGAUCAAGUUCACCCUCAGUAAGUUUUAAACUAAUGUGAGUGAAAACAUUCUUUAUGGUGAGGGUAGUAAAGCACUGGAGCAGGUUGCCCAGAGAGGUGGUUGAUACAUUGACCCUGAAGACAUGCAAGGUCAGGCUGGGUGGGGCUCUGAGCAACCUGACUGAGCCGUAGGCAUCCCUGUUUGUUGCAGGGGAGUUGAACUAGAUGACCAUUAAGGGUCCUUUCCAGCUCAGAAUGGUCUAUGAUUCUACAACUGUCACCAGACCUGGCAAAAUAUUUUCUCCGUGAACAAAUCAGAGAUUUUUAAAGUAGGCUUUUUUCUUUAACUGAGAAGUUUCUGCUGUUGUAAGAUGAUAAUGAGUCCUGUCCUCAAAUCAGAGACUAGCUUUUUUCAGUAGGUGCCAAGUUGCAUGAUUUUUUUUUAGGUUGAAUGAGUUCUGGGUUGGAACCAUGAAGGUAGAAUGGAUAUGAAAUCCAUAAUGCUUCUGAAAGUUCUAUUCAUUUGGAAUGUGAGGAUCUUAACUUGAAAAUCGCCGUUUGUGGUAUCUUUUAUACCUUGCUGGAAAGAACUCCGCUGUGUAUUUCAGUCUCUACCUAUGACAACAGGCAAGGCUUAGAGCUGUUUUUGUUAAUUAGAGGUUACAAAAAAGGAUACCGAAAUGCCAUUACUGUGCACCUUUUGGUUUUCUUAAUUCUCUGUGGUGUGUUUGGUUAUGUCUUCCAGUUUGUACUAGAAAAUCACAGAAUCACGUAAUUUGGAAAAGGCCUUCGAGAUGAUCAACCUCAACUACCAACCUGACCCAGCAAGCCCCAUUGUUACACCAGGUCCCUUGGGCAAAAUAACUUGAGAUGCAUCUCUGCACCUCAGCCUUUCAAGGAUUUGGUCCAUAAGCUGCUUUUUCUCGUUAGUUAAAGAGUAAUUUCCUGUAAACAAAACGCAUUUACUAGGGUGUUUCAAGAAAAGUUCUUACUAUUCUCACUUUUAAGCUGAUCUUUCUGAACUAUUAGUUUAUUUGCAUCUUACACCUGGAAUACAAUUGCACUUGUAAAAAAAAGUACCAUGUAGGUACUAAUGAACACUAGUGUUAUGAAUAACACUGCUUAAAGCUACCAUUCAAGAUACUCAGCACAUAGUACUAGUGAUCAUUUGACCAGACCUGUGAGUUGGCCAAGUUUUGGGUAACAGAAGUACUGCAGGAAAGACAAGUUCUGUUGCUCAUUCUCCAUGUUCAGUUAAUGGCAUUUUUGUUGUUAAUGUGUAUCCAAGAUUUCUACUGAAUGUUAUUCAUUUUGGAAGAAUCCCAAAGAUGCUGGAAGAUAGUAGAAAGCAGGAAAAACUUGGUAACCACUGAUGUCAGGCUCAUUUGAUUGUCUUUUGUAAUCUUCUAAAAACCUGAGGAAACGUACAGUUAGUUGUUACAGGACUGGGUUAGUGAGUUUAGGGUUUGCAGUUAGGCUGCAGCUACGAGGUGCUGCCUUCUGGCCACAACCACGUAGUCCCCCCCCAAAGUAGAAAUUAGCCCAAUUCAUUCUUCUGUGCUUGUUUCUAGGAGUUUGACUUUAAUAGGAAAGAAGUGUACGAGUUCUAAGACCAGCAAAAAUCAAAUUAAAGUAGAUCUUGUAGAUGAGAAUUUUACAGAAUUAAGAGGAGAAAUAGCAGGACCUCCGGAUACACCGUAUGAAGGUGGAAGAUAUCAGCUAGAGAUAAAAAUUCCAGAAACAUAUCCAUUUAAUCCUCCUAAGGUGCGGUUUAUCACCAAAAUAUGGCAUCCUAAUAUUAGCUCAGUUACUGGGGCCAUUUGUUUGGAUAUUCUGAAAGAUCAAUGGGCAGCAGCAAUGACUCUAAGAACAGUGUUGUUAUCUCUGCAAGCAUUGCUGGCAGCUGCAGAACCAGACGAUCCACAAGACGCAGUAGUGGCAAACCAGUACAAACAAAAUCCAGAAAUGUUUAAACAGACAGCUCGACUUUGGGCACAUGUGUAUGCUGGAGCACCAGUUUCUAGUCCAGAAUACACCAGAAAAAUAGAAAACCUUUGUGCUAUGGGCUUUGAUAGGAAUGCAGUAAUAGUGGCCUUGUCUUCAAAAUCAUGGGAUGUAGAGACUGCAACAGAAUUACUCCUGAGUAACUGAACCAUGUAGAGAGCUGCUUCGGUUGUCCAGCUUGCCCCUUCUGGAGGAGCAUCACCAUCUGUUAUUUUUAGGAUUCUAUAUAGAUUCUCUUUUAAAACUGGCACUCUUGCCUGAUGAUGCUAUCUAGGCACUAUUGGAGACUGAAAAACCGCUCUGUAAAUAAAGCUAAUUAAACGUCUGUGUAAAUUUAAAAAGGGGAAAUACUUUAAUUUUUUUCUUACUAAAUAUUGUAAAAAUUCUUUGAGCUCAGCUAAAAUAAUGGGGGAAAAACAUGCCUACUUUCGUGUUUAGCAGUGUGACGAAAACUAGCAGGAACUUUCUUCAGGAUUUUGAUUUAGUAAUUCAGAAAGCCACAUUUUUGAGUGUUAGUCAUCAAAAUUGUUGGUGCGGCUCAUCACAGCUAUCUUACUGUUCUUAACAUGGAUCCUUUGUGCCUGUGGAUUGACCUAUAUUUGCAUGCUUGUACUUAAUAGACGUAUUAGGUAGGGUCGCUGAAGAGAGCACCAUUUAAAUACUCGAGUGUUCUUGUACCUAUUUUCUUGAAAGGCUUAAAAAGACUUACCCAAAGUUCCAAAUGGUGACCUAUUCAGAACCUUUUUCUUCGUAGCUUAUUAAUUGGGAAGCCGGAUUCUCUUCUCCCUUACGUCAUACAGCUAAGAACCCUCCCUAGAAUAUUCUUCAUUCUGUUGGUAUUGUGUGCCAUGUAUGGUAGUCUAGGCUCGCCUAUGAAGAACAUACUUUGAAUUAUCAAUGAUUUUCGUCCAUCGUAUUUUCUACACACCUGGUAAGGGUUUAGUAUGCCUUGAUAUAGCACAAGAAUGGAGCUGGUUUUCUUUUCUUUUUUUUUCUUUUUGUCUUAAGUGGAUGUAAAAUGUUCUUCCGUAUAUCUUGGAUAAUAUGACUUCACUGGAUUUGAAGGAGGAAGAAGCUAAUUCUCUGGCAUACUGAGAAUUAUAUUUUCUUUUGAGUACUUGAUAUGAUGCAAUCAGCUGUUUUUGCAGCAGUUUUCUAGCUUUAUUUUGGGCUUCAGUUUAAGGAUUGCUUUCCAGGUACUUGAAAACUCAUCCUUGCUCGCGUUUUUCUCUAGUUGACACAUGGAGGCUGUGUUGGUGUUUUUACUGUACAUACUUCAAAUGCACAUAGAAGUUUGUUCUCAAUUUAGCUUUCUUUUGGAUUGAUGUUUCUGAUAAACGAGAACUGAAACUUACCUUUGCUUGUACAUACAGUCAGUCAUCUUAUUCGUAUUAAAAUGACAUUUCAUCCUGA